AUGCGGCCUCUUGCCGACCUCGCCGCAGCGCUCAACGCCGCUUCCGUCGCUAACCCCAGCUCGGCUCCGACUGCAGCUGUCGCGCUUAUUCUCUGCCCUCCCGCUGCUAGCAACGCGUCGGUAGAUCUACUCUUCAUCGUCCGCGCCGACAAUCCUGACGAUGCGUGGUCGGGCCAUGUGGCGUUUCCCGGAGGACGGACGUCUGUCGAUGACGCCGGGCCGACCGCCACCGCCAUCCGCGAGACGUAUGAGGAGAUCGGGCUUGAUCUGAGCAACACGGCGGCGUUUGCUUGUCUCGGACCGCUCCCGCGAGUCCACGUCUUUCACUCACGACGCAUUGCGCCUGUCGUCCUCGACAUCGAGCCUGUGGUCUUUGCCUCUGGCCUCCCCGCUGCCCGGCUUGUCGACGACAUGGUCCUCGAGCCGUCCGAGGUCCGCGCCGUCCUCUCUGUUCCGCUCACGGCACUCACCAACGUCGAUGCCGUCUCGCACAUUGCACUCCCGCUGCUCUCCAUCUUUGCAUUUGUCGACAACCUGCUGCCGGAGACGCUCUGGCGCGAGGCCGGGCUCGACGCCCCACUCUUUGGCCGCCUCGACCUCCACACGUGCGGCGCACAAGUGCUCGCGCUGGUAGGCGGGCGGUAUGUUCUUGACAAGGCCAGGCCUAUGCUCUGGGGCAUCUCGCUUCGCAUGGUCAUCGACCUCUUUCACAUCCUCGACGAGGCCUUUGACGACUGGCCGCGCCUCCACGUCACCACACACCCGCUCUUCCCGCACAACAAGCCAGCACAGCUGCUUCUGACCUGGCUCAUGUACACUCUCCCAUCCCAGGGCUCGCCUCAUCCGCGCAUCACUAAGAUGGACGCCAUCGCAACCGCAAAGCCAGUCAUUGCCCUCCUCAUCGCCAUGGCCCAUUGGUUCUCCACCCGGACCGAGUCCAAGCUCUGA